AUGACGAGUCACUUAACGCGCAUGCAGUAUGAACAGCAAAGGUUGAAUGGUUUGGGUAGAACUGGAAGCUCUUCUUCAUUACGUUCCAAUGAUCCCAUACGUGUUCCAUCAACUAACUCAAUUCGUCCUGUAAAUCAGUCAAUCAAUCAAGAACCUGCAGGAUCUAUUGUAUCAGGCUCUUAUAUAUCAUCUAAAUCCAGAUCACAUAUUGGUUCAACCGGAAACGUUUACCAAAACAUAAUGAGGAGUACAAGACAAACGGAUCCAUCCGUUCAUAUACCAUUAUAUCCGCAGACAGUGGAAAACGGAUCAACUAUUCUAACUAAUAACAAUAGUAGAACUGGUAGCGUUUCAGGUUAUCAACCAUCGGUAUUAUUAGCAAAGUCAACUCAAGGUACUCGUUCACUCUACGCUCCUAGUCAUUUUAGAAUGUCUCGAAGCUUAAAAGCUUCAAAAGCUUCGCUAGCAACAUAUAAGAGUGGUAGAUCAACAAUACAAGCUGAACACCAUGAUCGCAAAGUUCAAAGAGAAAUAAAUUCAGUUAAAUUUGGUCGAGCAAAGAAACUAUAUUGGAUUGCAAUUGGAUUUUAUAUUAUGUUCUUACUGGUGCUAUUUAUCGGCCUACUUAUCACAUGUUUACGGCAUGUUUAUAUGAAUAUAAUUUUAUCAUUAGAUAUUGGUGAAUUAACUGGUCCUUUAUUAAUUGCAUGCUCAUUUUUAUUCUUUGGUGCUGGGAUGAAAUUUUACUACGAUGCCUAUCGACUUGGUUCGGAAGAACGUAAACUCAUUAAGUAUAAAGCAGCUAGCCCAUCUACAGUAGCUGUGACUACUGUUGACCAACGAGUGGCAGAUGGAGAGGAAAAACUUGUCAGUGGACAGACAUCAAAGAAUGCCUUAAGUCGUGCCCCGAUUGGUUCAAGAACAACACUAAUUAUGCCUUGA